CGUUUGAGGACCAAUUGGCUCGUUUUCGGGGCGGUUGUUGGCCGUGGGAACACCGGGACUCAGCGGCAGGAUUGAGGCGCACCGGUCGAGUCACAGAAGCAAUGACCCUCUCACGCCUUGUCCAGAGGGCUUCGCAUCCGCCACUUACACCGAGGACAAGAAGCCUUGCGCGACCCUCGCUGCCAGCAAGUCAGCUGCACUGGAAAAAGCCGAUAUCGAGAAGUACCACUCGAAGUAUAUCGAUUGUCCGCACGGCAAAUGCCAAUGCUGCAGCCACGCGGGCAGCAGCAGCACGUGAGUCAGGGGAAGUCAACAGCAGCGCGCGACAGGUCAGCAAGCCCGACUUUUGGCGGCUUUCCUCGGCUGGCGCGUGCUGCUCCGCUGCCCCGCGCCGUCCCCCCACCCGCGAGGCUCCAAUUGUUUCCAGCCCAAAUCUCAGGGGCACCAGCAGGAGGAGUCUCCCCGGUGCCUUUUUGCAUCCUUCCGCCCUCGGCCCCGCAUCCGCUCUCAGGGCGUUCUCCAGCUUGGCAGCCAUGGCCGCGACCAAGAUCGACGGAACGGCAAUUGCGCGCAAGGUGCGCGAGCGGCUGCAGGCCGAGAUCGCAGAGAAGAAGGCCGCCAACCCGCGGUUCCAGCCAUGCCUCAAGAUCAUCCAAGUGGGUGAUCGAUCCGACUCGUCCACCUAUGUGCGCAUGAAGCUGAAGGCCGCCGAGGAGUGCGGCAUUGCCUGCGAGCUGAUCAAGUUCGACGAGGAUGCCACCGAGGCCGAGCUGAUUUCCCGCGUCGUCGGCCUCAACAACGACCCGUCGGUGCACGGCAUCCUGGUGCAGUUGCCGCUCCCGAAGCAUGUCUCCGAGUACAACGUGACUUCGGCCGUUGCAAGCGAGAAGGAUGUCGACGGCUUCGGCGCCCACAACAUCGGCGAGCUGGCCAAGCGCGGCGGCCGCCCGUUCUUCGUCCCCUGCACUCCCAAGGGCGUCAUGGUGCUUCUUCAAGAGACUGGCGUUGAGCUGGCCGGCAAAAAUGCCGUGGUCCUCGGGAGGAGCGACAUCGUUGGCAGCCCCGUCAGCUAUCUCCUGAGGAAUGCUGAUGCCACAGUCACUGUCUGUCACUCCAAGACCAAGGACCUGGAGCAGUACCUCAAGAACGCCGAUGUGCUCGUCGUUGCCAUUGGGAACCCCGGCUUUGUCAGGGGCGAGCAACUCAAGCCGGGAGUUGUUGUCAUCGACGUCGGGACGAAUUACAUUCCCGAUGCCACCAAGAAGUCGGGCCAGCGUUUGGUCGGCGACGUCGACUUCGAGUCGGCAUCCCAGGUCGCCUCUCACAUCACCCCGGUCCCGGGCGGUGUGGGCCCUAUGACGGUCGCUAUGCUACUCCAGAACGUUGUCGAUGCCGCAACGCAGUCCUUUGAGGCGGAAAAGCGGAGGCAUAUUGUACCCUUGCAUCUCAAGCUCCUGGACCCCGUGCCUUCGGACAUUGCCAUCUCGCGGGCGCAGACCCCCAAGCCCAUCACCCAAAUCGCCAACGAGAUUGGCAUUUCGGCGUCAGAAUUGGAGCCCUACGGCUCUUACAAGGCGAAGGUCGACCUCAGCCUCUUGACGCGCCUCGGCCACCGUCGGGAUGGUCGUUACGUCGUGGUUACGGGAAUCACUCCUACUCCUCUCGGCGAGGGUAAAUCGACGACGACAAUGGGUCUUGCCCAGGCGCUCGGCGCUCACGUGGGCCGUCUCACCUUCGCCAACGUGCGGCAGCCCAGCCAAGGCCCGACGUUUGGCAUCAAGGGCGGCGCCGCUGGCGGCGGCUACAGCCAGGUCAUUCCUAUGGAUGAGUUCAACCUGCAUCUGACUGGCGACAUCCACGCAAUCACGGCCGCCAACAAUCUGCUCGCCGCUGCCAUCGACACACGCAUGUUUCACGAAAGCACCCAGAAGGACGCCGCCCUCUACAGGCGCCUCGUCCCGGUCAAGAACGGCAAGAGAACGUUUGCCCCGGUUAUGUUGCGCCGGCUGAAGAAGCUGGGCAUCGACAAGACAGAUCCCGACUCGCUGACCGAGGACGAAAUUCGCCGCUUUGCUCGCCUUGACAUCGACCCAGACACUAUCACUUGGCGGCGCGUCCUGGACGUCAAUGACCGACACCUGCGCGGCAUCGUCAUUGGGAACGCACCUACCGAGAAGGGACACAGCCGCCAGACCGGCUUCGACAUCUCCGUGGCCAGCGAAUGCAUGGCCAUCCUUGCGCUGAGCACCAGCCUGGGCGAUCUGCGGGAGCGCCUCGGCAGAAUGGUCGUUGCCAGCUCCAGAAGCGGCGAGCCCAUUACCUGCGACGACAUUGGCGCAGGCGGCGCGCUCACUGCUCUUAUGAAGGACGCCAUCAAGCCCAACCUGAUGCAGAGCUUGGAAGGCACCCCCGUCUUCGUCCACGCGGGCCCCUUCGCCAACAUCAGCAUCGGUAAUAGCUCAAUCCUGGCCGACAAGAUGGCGCUGAAGCUGGCCGGCACGGAGCCGGAUGAGGACCACGCGUCCAAGGCUGGCUUCGUCGUGACCGAGGCCGGCUUCGACUUCACCAUGGGAGGUGAGCGCUUCUUCAACAUCAAGUGCCGCACAUCGGGUCUCGUCCCGGAUGUGGUCGUUGUCGUGGCUACUGUCCGCGCGCUCAAGGUCCACGGCGGCGGUCCGGCCAUCUCUCCAGGCGCGCCUCUCGACCCCGUAUACAGAGAGGAAAACGUCGAGAUCUUACGCAAGGGCUGUGUCAACCUGGCGAAGCACGUUGCCAAUGCCAGGUCGUAUGGCGUUCCAGUCGUGGUCGCCAUCAACAAGUUCGCGACCGACACCCAGGCUGAGAUUGACGUCGUGCGCGAGGAAGCCAUCAAGGCGGGCGCUGAGGACGCAGUCCUGGCCAACCACUGGGCCGAAGGGGGCAAGGGUGCUGUCGACCUCGCGCACGCUGUGAUUGCCGCCGCCGAGAAGCCCAAGAACUUCAAGCUCCUUUACAGCCUUGAGGGUACCGUGCAGGAGCGCAUCGAGAAAAUCGCCCGCGACAUGUACGGCGCCGCCGCCGUCGAGUUCAGCGAGCUUGCUCAGAAGAAGGUCGAUACAUACACGCGCCAGGGCUUUGGCAACCUGCCCAUCUGCAUCGCCAAGACGCAGUAUUCGCUCAGCCACGACCCGGAGCUCAAGGGUGCGCCGACGGGGUUCACCGUGCCGAUUCGGGACGUCCGUAUGGCUGCCGGCGCCGGCUACCUCUACGCUUUGGCCGCCGAUAUUCAGACUAUCCCGGGCCUGCCUACUGCCCCGGGGUACCUCAAUGUCGACGUCGACGCCGAGACAGGCGAGAUCGAAGGCUUAUUCUAGGGGCAAUUAAAGCAGGCAAGGCAUGCCUUGCACACUCAAUCCACCGGUGUAGAGUUUUUAUGGCGUUUUCUGUCGCGGGGCAGGGCAACCCUAUAGAGGCGGCAGUGCGACUCAACUCAGACAUGUGGUGUGCGUGUUUUAACACAUGGCGCUGGAGAUACCACAGGGAGGGGAGAAGAGAUAAAAGCAGCAGGCGUUCUAAUCGAUUGUCUAUCUCUACCUAGUACCAUGGUGAAUAGAAUUCACU